AUUAAAGCAAUGCAGGUUGAGUUAGGAGAAGUAGCGUAUGACCUGAGAAGAGAUCAACUUAUGUUAACAUACUGGAGUAGACUUAAAGGAUGUAGGCAUGGACAUCUGGCCAAGAAUGUGAUAGAGGAAUGUUGGGAGUAUAAUACAACUAAAAGUAAUAGCUUUGGGUGGGUAAUUAAAGAUAAAAUAGAUAAAUAUAACAUAAAAAAUAUACAUAUUAAUAAUUCUACACCCAUAAGCAAUAUUCCUAUCUGGCUAUUUCCGAAACCUGAAGUAGAUAUACAUAUAACAGAGUUAAAAAAUAAAUGGAAAGAUAAUGAAAAAGGACAUAAGGCAAGUCAAUAUAUUAAAAACAAAUAUUAUGGUUACUUAGAUAUGUAUACAGAUGGAUCAAAAAGCGAAGAAGGGAAGGUGGGGAUUGGAAUUUAUGUACCAACAAUGAAUUAUAGCAUCAUUAAAAGAUUACCUGACCAGCUAUCGGUUUAUACAGCAGAAAUGAUGGCAAUUAUUAUAGGCUUGCAAUGGAUAGAGGAAAUAAAACCAGAUAGAGUGGUAUGCUGUGUGGACUCUCUGGCAGCAUUAUAUAGUAUUAAAAAUAUGGAAUCAAGUCGAGAGGAUUUAUUAUUAGAAAUACAUCAAAACUUAUUCCAACUACAUAUGUUAAAAAUAGACAUAAGAUUUUGCUGGGUGCCUGCACAUGUAGGGGUGGAGGGGAAUGAGGUGGCAGAUAAAAUGGCUAAAAUGGGAAUUAGAAGGAAUGAAAUGAUAGAUAUACCUGCUGGUAAAGGCGAAGUAAAGGCAAUAAUCAAAAAACAAAUGAUGGAGAAGUGGCAAAAUAGGUGGGAUGAGGGUAGUAGCGGGAGAAAGUAUUAUAAAGUACAAAAAUCUAUCAGCACACAAGGGGUGAAGAGAAAAAACAGAAAAGAGGAAAUAGUGUUAACUAGGAUGAGGCUCAAUCACACCGGGUUAAAUGACAAGAUGUUUUUGAUAGGGAAAUGUAAAUCAAAAGUAUGUAUGGAAUGCAAAAGUAUAGAGAACGUAGAACACAUAUUACUACACUGCAAGAGAUAUAGGGAAGAACGUGUAACGUUAAGGAAAAGAAUUAAGAAGAUAGGAAGGGAAUGGAGCAUUGAGGGUAUCUUAGGAACAGGUGGGGAGGGGGAAAGAGAUAUACAGAGGGCAGUGAUAGAAUAUUUGAAGGACACAGGAUUAUAUAAUAGAAUAUAGAUAAGUAUUAGAAUAUUUUAGUAUUAUAUUAUAUAGUAUUAUAUAGUAAUAUAUAGUAUUAUAUAAGUAUUAUUAUUAGGAUUAUUAUUAGUAGUAGUAUAAGUAGUCUCCUCACUAUCUAAGAUAGCAUAAAGUAAGAUACUGUAUAUGGCCCAUGUUACAUACUCCGGUACAGUAGGUGGCGGUAUGCACCUUUUCAAGUCAUGGUUGCAACCCGCCAUUAAACUAAAAGAAGAAGAAGAAGAAGAAGAAGUCAUCCAUGUGACAAAUUUGGCCCACGGGCCCUCAGUUGAACCUCACUGCAUCGAAAUGGUUGACAUUCGCCAGGUUAGCAAGCUGUAUCAUUCAGGAUAAUAACAGGCAAGCAGUAGUAAACGUGUUAAAUUCAGUGGAUGUUGCAGUACAGCCGUGUGUUUGAUGGCUCUCUGUUGAAAGCAAAACGGCCGCAAAAGAGCAGGCGCCAUCUUGCUGAUGUCAAACUGAAUAGUGAUCUCCUUAGCUUAAAUAACAUCCGACAAAGGGAUGAAAUAGUGCCAAAAACACUUUAUAUCAUUUACCCACUGGGAAACUAGUUAUAUGCACAUAUCGUCGUUGUUAUUAUCAAACGUUACAAAUUAGCUGAGCGUAGCAAUUAGCUGAAAUGCUAACAAGCGUAAACGUCAUUCUCUUAAAUGUAAAACAUGUAAACUAUCAACUACAAACCACAGAGGGAGCCAGCGAUAAACAUGUAGGAUGUGCAAUGGCUGUUAGAAGAAAAACAUUGCAGUCGCUAGAUGUCAAAAAUGGCGUUGGGCCUUGUUAGCACUGCUAGUUUGGACAAUGCUAGUUGUCAGCACUGCUAGCUUGGAAGAUGCUAAUUGUUAGCACUGUUGGCUUGGCAGAUGGUAGUUGUUAACACUGCUUGCUUAUGAGAUGUCGAUACAGUGGUAUGCGGUAAGGUUGUACAAUACAGUAUAGAUGGCCCACUACUAUGUUAAAAUUCUGCUAAAACACAUCAAUGCCAGUCUUAUUAAAGUGUUUUUUUUAACAAGCAAGCAUUAUGUAAUGUCUACUGUAUUACUUCAUCUACACUGGCACCGUUAGUCCUCCUCUCACGUCAUAAUAAUUCAGACAUGACAAUGGCACCUUGGCCGCCUGCCUCAUCAAAGGCCCGCUGACGCUGGGUCACAUGCUGGGCACGGUACAGCUACUGGGGGCUUCACUCGGUUCUACUCACCUCGGAUGAGAGCGUCAAGGUCGCCGCAAGUAAGACCAUAACUGCCACCGUGUGUGCCCCCAUACCGUCCUCCUCCCGGUAUCCAAGUGUCCUCUUGUCGAUGUAUCAGUUCAACAGCAGGUUGUUGUUAUUGGUAAUGUGAAUAAUUCACGCGAAUUGACACGGACGCGAAUUGACAGUGAUCUCGAUCCCCGUGAUCCCGCCUUGAUUUUCCUCCGGGGAUGGAUGGAGGCUGGAUGUGCUUGGAUAGGGGAGGUGGAGGAGUGACUGGACGUGGUGCAAUAACAAGACGUAAUUAUGUGACGUCACACGCCAGGAAGUAACAACAAGCUGCUAACCGGCGAGCCGGCUAGCGUGGCGGGCUCCUGACUAUGAGAGGAAAAAUGUACAUCACAGAAGGGUUUCUCUGUGUUUUGUCGGGCAUAAAGCACUGGUGAUACAAGAUGAGCCGCAGAAGAAGAAGAGCAGCCGCUCUGAGCCAUGCACCUCCUGCAGAGGCUGAAAACCAGCCCCCUGUCAGGAAGCACAACAUCUGCAUGGUGUCUGACUUCUUCUAUCCUAACAUGGGAGGAGUGGAGAGUCACAUUUACCUCCUAUCCCAGUGUCUGAUUGAGAAGGGACACAAGGUGGUCAUUGUCACGCACGCCUACGGCUGCAGGAAGGGCAUCAGAUACCUGACCAAUGGCCUGAAGGUCUACUACCUACCGCUGCAGGUGAUGUACAACCAGUCCACCACCACCACCUUCUUCCACAGUCUCCCGCUUUUGCGCUGUGUGUUUGUCAGGGAGCGCAUCACUGUGGUGCACGCUCACAGCUCCUUCUCCGCUAUGGCCCAUGAUGCUUUAUUCCAUGCUAAGACCAUGGGCCUUAACACGGUGUUCACUGACCACUCACUCUUUGGCUUUGCUGACGUUAGCUCCGUGCUGACCAACAAGCUCCUGACGGUGUCGCUGUGCGACACCAACCACAUCGUGUGCGUCUCCUACACCAGUAAGGAGAACACCGUACUACGUGCGGCGCUCGAUCCGGAGAUUGUGUCUGUCAUUCCCAAUGCAGUCGACCACGCCGACUUCACCCCCGACCCCUCCCGGCGCCUCGAUGACAGGAUAACCAUCGUCGUGGUCAGCCGUCUUGUCUACCGCAAAGGCACUGAUCUUCUCGGUGGAAUCAUUCCAGAGCUCUGUCUCAAACAUCCAGAUCUUCAUUUCCUCAUUGGUGGAGAAGGGCCAAAGAGGCUAGUGCUGGAGGAAGUGAGAGAGAAAUACCAGCUUCAUGACAGGGUGCGUCUGUUGGGGCCUUUGGAGCACAAAGAUGUCAGAGGAGUUCUGGUCCAGGGCCACAUCUUCCUCAACACGUCACUAACUGAAGCUUUCUGCAUGGCCAUCGUGGAGGGAGCCAGCUGUGGACUGCAGGUGGUUAGCACUCGUGUAGGUGGCAUCCCAGAGGUGUUACCCGAGGACUUGAUCACACUUUGCGAGCCAACAGUCCGCUCGCUGUGUGCCGGUUUGGAGACGGCCAUUGCACGGCAGCGUUCGGGGUCAGUCCCCUGCUCCGCCUCCAUCCAUGCAAGGGUGAAAAACCUCUACACCUGGGUAAACGUGGCAGAGAGGACUGAAAAGGUGUACGACAGAGUGUGCGGCGAGGAGGUGCUUCCCCUUGACAGACGCCUUCAGAGGCUGAGGUCCCACUGCGGACCUGUGGCCGGCUCCAUCUUUGCCUUUGUGGCAGUUCUGGACUUCCUGUUCCUGUUGCUCCUGCAGUGGUUGGUGCCCGAUCGAGUCAUGGACUUAGCUGUGGAUGCCACUGGUCCUCUGGGACUGUGGAGACAAGGACCAAGCAAGAGUAGUAAAGGUGAAGGUCUGGGUAAAAGUGUCCUCAAAUAAGCAGCAGCAUCUGGAAUGCUCCUCAUGAUACAGACUGACAAACACUACUGGCUUUUUAUUCCAAACAUCUUAUUUAAAUGAACCAAUCAGGAAGGGCCGUCUGUUCAAUAUUUUUAUUUUAUGAGAGAUUUGAAGUGAAUAUUAAUACCUUUUUCUGUGGUUAUGCUUUAUUUGUCUAUUUGUAAGCAGCACUGCACAAAAUCAACCUGGAUCACUUUCACAGAACACUGAGGUUAGAUUUGUCAAACACUGGAUAUAGAACGUAAACACACCCUUGUACAAAUACCACAUUAUUUUUAUUACAAAAAAAAAGAGAGACCGUGAUUGGAUUUAAAACUUUUUUCUGAAAAAUAUAAAAAAGAACUAUUUUCUAUAUCGUUCUCCUAACCCAAACAUUUUCCACAAAGGGCCACUUACAAAAACCCCCAACAAUAUUCAUAUGAUAUUCUUCAUCUUUGUUAACUUAAUUACAUAAUAGAGUGACUGAGAGGUUUGACUUUUUUUUGUGAUGCAAAUGUAUUACUCUUAUGAACACAUAUUGUUUUGCGAAAGGAAACUCUACUUAGGAGAACCCAGCAGCUAACCGGAACUACGUUCCUCCUCACCAGAAUCUGACCAGAACUCCGCUCACGGAACAAAGUGGGGGUUAAGUCGCUGUUGAUGUACUACAAUUCUGGUGGGGAUGUCAUACAGCUUCAUGUCAAAACAUCCGAACUACAGUAUCCCUUUAAAAAAUUGCUGACACCCACAACUUUCUUUGGCCCCAUGGCGGGUAGUUUAGCAAUCUUUCUUAAUACAAAAUCCAAAGAGACUGAGACAGCAACGCGUGGGGUGUUUGUUUAGGUGCUCAGUUCCAUGAAAUGACACUAUUCAGGGCAAACGGACUAGUUUGCUGCGUGCAUUGUUAUGUGUGAUAACCAAGACAGUGUCCGCAAACCGGUGUACGCAAAAUUUUUGAUGAAAACCAAAUCAUAUGAUAACUGGGUCGUUUGAAAACCAAGGUUUGACCAAGGUACUUGUGCAUUGUGCACAAGAUGUGAUGUACAUGGAUUUUGGCGUAGGCCUGCGCUUUUCAGGGAACCUUCAAAUUCUUUGGAAAAGUGGAGAUUUCAUCAUUGGUUUUUCCAUAUUUUCUCAUGCACCGAGUGGCAGUACAAAGCCUACUUUGCACACUUAUUGUUAAAACAAUGAUCUACAGUCAUGGAUUUAUUGGGUAUUCCAUGUGGGAAUUAUGGCUCAUUUACUUUGCUGAUUUUGUUACAAUUCUUUUUGUGUGUGUGUGUGUGUGUGUGUGUGUGUUUCGCCGAUAACUGAUGAUAAAAUCCUCUUUUUCUCUCAGGACCGGUUAGUCAAGUUGAUCCGGUUAUUUGUCCAACCCCCGCAUCUUUGUCUGCUUUUACAAACGUCUGAGCGGAAGAUAAAAGUGCCAGACAAAACAGACUAUGGGAAUGUGGAACAUUUUCAAGGCUAGUGGCAUACCGUGAUUAGCUUGCCUGCAUCUAAAAAAAUAAAAAUAAAAAAAAGCACUCCACUGAAAAAUGUGUCAUUAAAUAAAAAUAAUAGAUUUGUGUUAUUCUGUUUUGACGCUAAAAAGUUUGUCCAGAC